UUUCCAAAGAUUUUUGCUUUUCACACGCUGCCCUGCCCCCUGUAGUCAGGUGACGAGUACAGUGACGAUAUGAGCUGGAAGGAGCGAAGAGACCUGCUCGUGGAGCUGUAUGGUUCAGUGGCUCCAGCUUGCUGCCUCGGUUUAAAGGGAGGGAGGAGAACGUCAAGACGGAUAUAUUCGUCGCCUUUGUCGCUUUCCUUAAACUGACCAGGCCCUCUGAGGGACUCAUCGCAGCAGAACCCGGAGGCAAAGAAGAACCAGCUAUCACUCUGCUUAAGAAGAACCAGCUAUCACUCUGCUUAAGAAGAACCAGCUAUCACUCUGCUUAAGAAGAACCAGCUAUCACUCUGCUUAAGAAGAACCAGCUAUCACUCUGCUUAAGAAGAACCAGCUAUCACUCUGCUUAAGAAGAACCAGCUAUCACUCUGCUUAAGAAGAACCAGCUAUCACUCUGCUUAAGAAACAGGUCCCCACAGUAGCGAAGGCUCUCCACAAGCAGCUGAAAGAGAAGAGCAUGGAGUCUAGACAGGGCUGGCCAACGUACUGCAUACAACAUACCAGUCUCACAUCGGGUAACUUCACUUAGAUAUUAAUUUACUGCAUUCUGGCAGGUAGCCUAGUGGUUAGAGUGUUGGGCCAGGAACCAAAAGGUUGCUAGAUUGAAUGACAAGGUAAAAAUCUGUCUUUAUGCCCCUGAACAAGGCAGUUAACCCACUGUUCCUAGGCCGUCAUUGUAAAUAAGAAUUUGUUCUUAACUGACUUGCCAACUUAAAAGGUAAAAUUGUUUAUUUCUUGGGCCAGCGGUUUUUCCUCGACAAACUCUGGGCCUACUGUAGUGAUAGGCUACAACAAUUGUUCAUUUCUUCUCUGUACUUAAAUCAGGACUACUUCCUGUCCCUAGAUAGUUACCCACAGUAACUUAAAAAGGAAAUAGUGUUGCGAUGUCUAUUGGUACACUGCCAAGAAGUCAACUUGACAUUCAUAUUAACCUCUCGCUUUAUCAUUUACUCAGAGAAGUCUACCUCGUCCAACAUGAAGAUCAAUGCCCUCUGUCCUAAUGUGCAUCCACCCUCCUUACGUCUUCCAGCCUCACAUGAAGGUUAUUCUGCCCACGGCGGUGCAGCGUAUGGAGGACCCCUUCUAUAAGAUCACCUCCGAGACCCUCCUGGUCACUCAGCAGAUGAUCAGACACCCAUUAGGUGACAAACUACCUGCUUCUUCAUUUGACGUCAAGCCCUACGUGAAGGACUUGUUCGCUGGCACCCUGAAGAGGCUGCAGUCAAAGACCAUGAAGUGGAAGGCCAUUUCUUGUAUGGGUCACGUGUCACCUAGAUUUUCCUGGAGAGGCUGAAGAACAAGAUCACCAGGUUGACAACGGUGAAGACCCCGACUCUCAUCGCUGCAUUGCCCCUUAGGCUUGAAGGUCGGAAGUCAAUCCUGAAGGCAUCCCCAUCCUGGCCUCCUUCCUCGAAGAACCAACGAGCCUUCAAGCUAACCGAUCUCAACAUGACCAUGACGAGCAACAGCCUGAAGCCACCCAUGAUCGAGGCCGUGCUCAACGAGCUACCUUGCUUUGAUCGAGGAGAGCAAUAAGCACAUAUCCCAGACGGCAGUGAUACUCACCUGUAUGGCUAAGGUGUGUCCCUCCUCCCUGUCCCAAGAUCGGGAACACUGUCCUACCUGGUGUGUUUCAUCUGGUUCAUUCCCCAGUUGCUCCAAUGAGGGUCUCGCUCUGUCAUCCUAGUUCUUCCAAGCACCGGUGGUCACCAAGGCUGGGAACAACGACCUCCUGAAAGCUCUCAGAUCGGGGAAGGCUACAGACCCUUACACCCAUGGACUUUUCCUGGUUAAAUAAAACAGACAGUCCUACUACUCUGUGACCAGGUAGUUGUAGUUUUGGAUAGAUGCCUUGCAUGGCUGUCAUAGGCCAUACUCACUGCCUCAAAUUAUUCCUAUUCUGCCUUGAAAGUUGAUCGUUUGAAACAUGCCUUUGACAUAUAUAUAUGUACGAUAUUAAAAGGACUUUGAAAAAUAUAUUUUAAUGCUACUUGUUACCUUGAAAUCACCGUUGAGUUGAAAACGUGCCUUCUUGACAUUCAGGUAAUACUUUGUUAAAAAUGACUUUUCAAAGCCGGUGGUAUUCACCGCCAUUUUGUAGAGCUGUGAUGUCGAUACAGUAUUCCCAACAAAUACAUUGAAAAUAAACAAAUGUUUAGUUAAUUUGUUAACUGUGCACCAUCUAGUGUGUGAAACUUAAGACUCAUCAAUACUCUAAAGCAUUGAUGACCGGGCAAACAAGAUGGUAAAUACUCUUUACACGUAUAGAUCAUUUAUUGAACAAACAAUAAACAGAUAACAGGUG